AAGGCCAGACCACCUAGCUGGGCCAUAGGGGUCUGUGUGGUCUGAAUUUCUAUGUAAAUCUAUGUAAACCAGAAGGUCAGGGGUCUUCACGGCGUCUAUAGCGCGCGGUGUUUGGGUCGCGGCGUCUAUUGCAGGUGUUGUUUACGUGUGAGGAAGGGAAGGGCGGCGCCGCGACCCUGCCCGCCCCUGCCAUGUUCUUCCCGCCGCCAGCCUCCCCCCCCGCGGCGGCAGGGGAGGCGGGGGAGGAGAAAUACACGGUGGAGCUGAGGAGACGAGGUGACGGGGAGCACAGCAGGGAGCCCCGUGCCCGCCCCAGGACGUGGUCACGGGCCCCGGACAGCCUGGAGAAGAUUGAGGAGAGUGAGGCUGAGUCCGGCGCCAGGAAUCCUCGCACGGGGUACAGUCUGUCGGGUUACCUGUACAUCAUUACCAACAAGAUGCACCUGCCCGCCUUGAAGGGCCUCGGGACGGCGCCGAAGAAGAGAUGGUUCGUGUACUCGGACAGCGUGUGUAAACUGUAUUACUACAAACAGAAGGAUGAGUCAGAGCCCCUCGGCAUGAUUGAUAUAUCGCUUGCCACUUUCUACUUCGACCCCGAGAACAAGAAUGAAGGACAGUUCAGUAUUAGAUGGGGCAACAAGGAGAUAGUGCUGGAGGCAUUGUCAGCCCAGGGCCGCACGGAUUGGCUGGAGCAGCUUCAGACUGCGAGGAGGGAGUUCAGUCAUCGGCGCACAGCUACCAAGACUCCUGCAAGCAAGACUACAUCAACCAAGCGUCCUGAGACAGGGCUGAUUCAGGAGGACAACAAGGCCUCCAUAGCUGACAUUCCAGACCCCCACCAUGACCUCCAAUUGCCUGUUAUGCGCUCAGCAGACUCUGACCUUCCGUCCAGACCCCACUCCACCCCUCUCUCGCUCGCCAUUUCCAACCUCCUGCCACACACGCCAAAAAUAUUUAAAGGCAGCCCUAGUAGUGAGUCCCUGCGGUCACCCACAAGCCCCCUUGGCUCACGCAACAGCAUAACCAGCUCCCCCACGGAGGAUUUGAGCUUUGGAAACCUGAGCCGAAGACUCAGGAGUUCCCUGAGGGGUCGUAAGUCUCAUGAGGGAAAAGAAGUUACUGAAGUCACUAAUGUUCACAAACCAGCCACUUGCAAGAAGUGUGAAGAGUUACAAGCGGACCUGAUAAUGAUGCAGGAGGAGCACACUGCCACCCAGGACGAGUAUCAGGCAUCCAGAGAGGUGAUAAGUGUUCUGCAGAAGGAGCUGGAAUCACUACAGCAAGAGAAAGCCACGCUAAUCAGCCUUGACCGCAGUGACCUCACAGACCAUCAUGUAAUUGAGAUCCUGCGAGGGAAGGACCGUCGCAUUGUCCAGCUGGAACAUGAGACUCAGGAGUCAGCCAAAGAGAUCGCUCAUCUGGAGGAGGAGCUCUCAAGGGCUCGGCAGCACCAUGAACACCUCAGUGAGAAGAUAUCGAUGCUCUACUGCCUGGUGGAGGCCAAGGACAAGGCAAUCGUCAGCCUCACCCACGAAAUUGACGUAAUCAAGCCACCCACUCCCAACAACUUCACUUCCAUGCCCAACUCCUGCUUCUACUCCUACCCAAGCUCUCCAGCCUCACCCUCCUUCCCCCACGACAUCCCAGAGUUUGUCACCCGUGGCACACAGACCUCAGACAUGGAGGACGAUGUGUUGAAGGAUUCGGUGGAGGCAUACAAGGCCCAGAAUCUCUUCCUCAACAAAGAGAUCCUUGAACUGAACCUUCUUCGGAAACAUGCAGCCGACAGGGAGGACAAACUGAUUACAGAGUCGAGUGAAUGGGAGGCCAAGUUUUACCAGAUCCAGAGCAAGUACCUCCUCCUCCUCAACGAGCUGCACUCCCCCCAGGCCGGCCAGCACGACCGCUCCAUCGUGUCCCAGCUCCUCCAGGACGUGGUGGGAGCUCGUGAUCCUCCUGCGCUCAAAGUACUCCAGAGCAAGGGUCGUGAGUAUGACGAGUACGGCUUCUGCAUCACAGCACCUGAAGACGGAACACUGGAGGCCAAGGCUGCGUACCUCCAGAAGCAGUCACAGGCUCUGGCAUACCAGGCACAGCAAGGCGCUUCAUCCUGGGAGAGUAAAUGGGAGAGUUUUCUGGCAGGGACGAGUGCCAAGGAGCUGCACACCUGCCCGGAGCUCAAGUACCUCAUCAGGGGAAGCAUCCCAUACCAGUACAAGGGUAAGGUGUGGCGGCUGCUGAUUGAAGCGGAGGUGCACCCCCUGAAGGCUGCGCUGCCGUCCAACUACUACCAAGACCUGCUAGCGCGCCACACCUCCUCCUCCUCCACCCUGGACCCGGCGACCAAACAGAUUGAGCUUGACCUCCUGAGAACGCUGCCCAACAACCGCCACUACGAAACUUUCUUCUCGGAUGGAAUAGCCAAGUUGAGGCGAGUCCUUUUGGCCUUCUCCCGGCACAACCCACAAGUCGGAUACUGUCAGGGUCUCAAUCGCCUCGCUGCCAUUGCGCUUCUCUUUCUGAACGAGGAGGAUGCGUUCUGGUGCCUCAUCUACAUCGUGGAGUACCUGAUGCCGCCAGACUACUACAACAAGCACCUGCUGGGCUCUCAGGUGGACCAGCGUGUCCUGAAAGACUUGGUCGCAGAGAAACUACCACGGCUCAGCAACCACCUGGCUCGCCACGGUCUCGACAUCUCCCUCUUCACCUUCAACUGGUUCUUGUGUGUGUACAUCGACAUCAUCCCGCCCAUCACCUACCUCACCAUCUGGGACUCCUUCCUGUACGAGGGCUCCAAGGUCCUCUUCCGCUAUGCCUUGGCCAUCUUCAAGCUGUGCGAGGAGGGGAUCCUUGAGCGCUGCGACUACAUGGAGAUCUUCACCUACCUCCGCUCGGUGCCUGACCCCAUCACGGACAUACCCAGACUGCAGGAGGUGGCGUUCCAACGGGUCAACCCUCUGUCUAAAAAUUACCUGAGAAAGCGAAGAGAAUACCACAGAGCCAUUGUCGAGGCGGAACUGGCGGAGGUGGAGGCGAUGCGAAAGUCCUACCACGCCGCAAAGGCCGCUAAGGAGGCGAAGGAAGCCCCCGACGCCCUCCCCGCCACGCCCGUGAACUCCCCGCCCUCCACCGAAGACGAAGGGGAGGGGGAUACCGACCCUUCCUCCUCCCCCAAGGCCGCGGAGGGACAGGGCGGGGGCAGCGGGGGGCGGGGCGGGGUGGGGCUGCACUUCGGGGCCCUCCGGUCAGUAGUCUUCGAGAGGAAAGAUGAGGUGAGCCACAAGAUUGAUGAGGCGUCCGUGGAGGCCAGCGAUAAGGGCAGGGAGUGAGUUAUGAAACGCCUCGCUCACACCUUCCUCCCCGUGGUGUUAUGAGCCCCCCCCCCCGUGGUGUUUGUCCCCCUCUCCUCCCCUUCCCCUCCGUUUCUGUUACUUAGCUACGUUUGUGCGCUCUUUUAACACACGUGAAUUUCGCCGUAAGGACAGGGAGCGAAUUAUGAAAGUUGCCCAUCGCCUCCCUCCUUGCCUCCCUCCCCGCGGUGAUGUGACUCCCCGCCCCCCGCCCCUCCUGUGCUCUCUCACUUUAACACACGCAAAAUUCAUCGUGGACAGCGUGUUGCAUUCCCAUGACACUAAUAGUAUUAUCCUUAGACGCGUCCGCCUCUCACAUCAACUAUUUCCAAAGACCAAAAAGUUGAUUAAUCGGGUUCUAAUGAAUGUCUUUAUAGGUUCGUGGUACAGAGGAAGGGUCAAACUACCACCAGGGUCAUAAAACUACCCCUGGAAAUGCCCCAAACUCCCACGAAAGCCUUGUCAAAUGUGUGGGCUUGGGCGACGAUAUGUUUAAGAAUAUGGACCUAAGCCUCUGUUUUAGGUUGCUCAGAGUGACAGCAUUUUAGUUUGGUGUCAUUAUAAUGGCGCGCAGGUCCUGUAGGUUGGAUAAAAUUUGUAUAUUUUGGUUUCCUGUUGCCAUUCACAAAAAAAUAAUCUCACAUUUUGCAGACUUAAACACUGUGACCGUGCCGGAUUCCCACUGUGCUGAGUUACUUACAAAGUCAUACAUUUUAAGGAAAUAUUCAUAAUAUGCUGUAUAUAGGCUCCUACAUAUAUAUUUUCAAAUUCUAUAAUAUAUAAUACAUCAUGGAAAUAUUUAUGAUACGCCUGUCUUGUGCCUGGGUGUACACGAAUAUAUAUAUUGAAUGCUCCACCAUAGUCAAGGAGCUUAUUUCUUGCCAUAGAGAAAAGUCAGUGAUGAAAGGACUCAAAAUCCUUUAAUGUUUAAUGAUAGUUUAUUUUAGCCCCAAAGUUGGAAAUUAAAAGAAGCACGUAAAGAAAUAAUUUAUGUGACCCACAGAAAAGUUUACAGUCUUUACUUUCCAGUGAUGAAAUGCAAUGUGAAACUAAUCAGAAAUGUUCCUUACAGAUUCCAUUUUUUCUUUGAUUAUAUUUGAUUUGAUUUUAGUCUUGGAGAUAAAUCAAUAAUCUUACAAUACCACGUGAUCUACCUUAGUGAUAUUAGUACCAUGACGAUCGUUGUAGCAUCAUCAAGAGGAGUGUAGGACAAUGGAGUUAACGCCUGCACCCACCAAUUAUCAUAACAGUCAUAACACCACAAAAGAACAUGUCAUACCUUAGCAGAGUAUAAUAGUCCAUCUUGCUGCUGUACUUCAUUAUAGAGCGUCUGUGGUGUUAUGGUUAUAUAGUAGAUCUUUUUUAAUAUGGCUCCUCCUUAUUGACAGGGUUUUCAUGAU